AUGACGAAGAGUGCCGUCCGGCUGCUUUGCAGCGAGCUUGCCCACUUGCUGGAGCCGCCGACCGCGGGGGGCCUGAGCGUUGAGGACCAAGUCCUCUGUACCCUCAGGUUCUUUGCAACUGGCAGCUUCCAGUCGUCAGUCGGCAGUGAGGCGGCCAUCGACAUGUCGCAGGCGUCUGUAUGCCGCUGCAUUGCAAAAGUCGCGCGGGCCAUUGUUCAGGUUGGGAAGGAGCAAGGAUGGCUGGCCUUCCCACGCACCGCCGGCGAGCGAGCUGCAAUUAAGCAAGGGUUCUUGCAGCGCGGCAGGCUCGGCGGCGUGAUUGGGUGCGUGGAUGGCACGUUCAUCGCCAUCGUCGCCCCGAACCUCCCUCCUGCGCAGAAGGCAACGUAUUGGUGCCGGAAGGGCUAUUACGCCCUGAAUGCAAUGGUGGUGUGUGACUCGGACUUGAGGGUCCUGCACGUUGACCCGCGAUUCGCUGGGUCGUGCCACGACGCGCACGUGUGGCGGUACGCGUCGCUUCGCCGGCGCAUGGCCAGCGGCCGCAUUGCCGUCCAAGACGGAGAGUACCUUCUUGGUGAGUAG